CUGAACAGAGGAUGAGGACCUGACUUCAUUUUUCCCUCCAGCAAGUGCAGCUGUAGUACUGGUAGAGGAGAUACAAGAACAGAAAUAGAAGAUUGAGCUUGAGAUUGUCUAACUGCGAGGAACGCUUAUUUGCAGAAGACUGACGAUGAGGGCGAUUUUAGAAGAAACAGUAGUGUUGUAACAAGCAUUUCGAUGCACAGCAAGAUGUCGCAGCGUUUACCGAUUUCCCAGCGCUUAAAGCCUGAACCUAAGGCUGAGGGUGAAGCAGAGCAGCCGUCCGAUGGAGCCGAGGGCGCCAGAACGUCGAGUAUACUCAUCGACUUUAAGCGGACGUCAGGUGGCGGGGAUGUUCGUGGCACCACAGGAACGGAGGACUCUGAACAAGAGCCGGGACGGUUUGAGAUAUCGGCUGCUGGUGGCAUUGCGGGCGAUUCCGCAAUGGGCGAACAUUAAGACUUCGACGCAUCACUAUCUAAGUACCUAUGAGGAUGAAUCAGGAUCGUCUAUUAUAAUUUGUGUUUCUGAUUUUGAUUCAAUUUUAUUUGAGAAUUCCUGCAGAAGCAGAAGUUGUAGGAGUACCAGAAGGUGAAGGAACGACAGAAGACGCAAUACUGAAAUAAUGGCUCUUUGAUGGCCUCCUAUUCUUGAAGAACGAUGGAUCGAAGAUUUGCAUUUUUUAGUUUUGUUUUUCGGAAUACGAAUAUAUCUCCUCUAAUCUUCAGAAGACGCGAAAGGCCUAGGCAGAGCAGACACGGGCUCGAAGGGUGCCCUAUCACCAGUGGUGCUGCAGCGUCUCCUUACAUGUCCCCGGGAAUUCCUCGAACUCGAGGAGCAGGAGGAAAUCGACAUCAUAAACGGGGACCUCCGUUACGGCUACAAUCAAGUAGAUGAAACCAUCAUGAAACUCCUAGCUAUCACAAGUAUGCUGUUCCUUUUGCGGCUUCUCCCAGCGUGUACGUGCUAUUUAGUGUCCUAAUUGUAUUUAUUCUAUAUCGGGUAGAACGUGAAGGAGCACCAGAAUUCCAUUAGUACUGGAGCUGGAGUAGAAAGUGAACCAAAGUACCUUCCCUGCUUGACCUACAAGACAAAUACUCUGAGUCCGACUUUCACCCGCAAGAUAUCAAACAUUUCGAGCAUGGAUCCCCAUUAAACCACCGACCACAGUCAUCUGGUCUACCACAUACAAAAAUAAACUACAUCAUGACAUCUCUAAGUUCUCGCGAUUAACAGGCUGAAGACUUUGGUACAGGGUCAGAAUUUGCCUCCAGGGAGUAUCUAUCAGAUUAUCCGUAACAUGACGACCGUGACGAUGAAUCCGCGUGAGUAUGCAGCGUUUUCGUCAAAACUGAGGCAGUUCGCGGAGCAUGAUGACGAUGUAAAAGGCGAACGCUCAAACGCGGCAUUUGCUAGGAAGUUACGUCCUCCAGACACUGGAAGAAGAAGUAGAGCGCUAAACAUUGGGCCCAUGUUGUCGCAACGGCCCUAGAGAAUCGUGACCAUAUUCCCUUUAGGGUUCGAUGGACGUGCUGAGGGAACAGGAUUUAGUAGUUCUUGAUCAUGAUCACCUCGGAGGGUUCAAAGAAAUUGUUUUUUUUCUGAAAGCGGAUGGCGCUGCCGCUCCUCUUUCUUGCAUCUAGGUGAUUCUGUCUUUCUAUCAGGAUUCUCAUCGGUAUUAUUACGCACCGCCUGAACGUCAGGCAUUGACAUUGUUCACUCAUUGGGCAGAGGCACGCACUAGUUCUAAGAAAGACUAUUGCGGCCGCCAGGCGGGUGGGUGGCGCAUCACAGGCGCCGUCGAAGCUGACAGUUCCCGCGGAAGAGGACACUAUCACCCCAGAACGAUGGAAGCAGUUCGCGGCGAAAGUUCUUGCGGACCCAGCAACGUCGGCAUCGGAGGAGAGGUUUAUCCAUGUUGCGAAUGUGAAAUUCAGCCAUUGGAACGGCGAGCGCACUUGUGAGCUGCCCGCAGACGAGUUCAUCGAUGCUGAGGAGAACGAUCCAGGCAUUACUACAGUUAUGGCUCCGCAGGCUGUUCUACCAUGAGUGGCUCCCGACGUUGAUGACACACUCACUCUUGCAGCUUUUGGUCUAGGUCUAGCUCCUCUCAAACUCAAUUUUAUUGAAGGAUAAAGAAAUUAAUAACGUUCAUCAUGUUGAAACAAUCACUUGAUCUAGUUGAGGCUGUCAGUCAAACUCUGAGCUUCAUCUAAUAAUCCCGUUACAACAGAGACAACUACCGCAGGCAAGGACAGUGUAUUGAAGAACGGGGUUGACAAGCUGCGUUCUUCUUCUCCGAAAAGCAGGUCGAAAAAUACAGCCAACUUAUUAACUAAGAACAUUCAAAAAGUGCAGGCCGUAAGCAUCCGACUCCUGCUACGAAAGAUCGACGUUGUUGAGGAUGAUGUUCGUCAGAAGGCCUUCCUCGAAGUGAAAGUGGUCGCUGUCUUUCUGGCUUUUUACGUCUUCUCCGGAAUCCUGUACAGCCAGAUCGAUGACCGCUCGGAGCAAAGCGCGUUCGCGCCCGACGAGUUCGACACGUUGGCGGACGGAUCCACUGUCCGAGACAAAAACAACCUGGACUGGGUAUCAUUGGUAUACACUCUGGUCGUCACCUCAACGACUGUGGGCUACGGCGAUUUCUCGCCAAAGAGUGGUGCGGCUCGAGCUGUGUUCAUUGUCUGGAUUCUCUUUUGCUUUGUGAUAUUUUCACAAGUUUUUGACCGGGUGGCGACUCUUGUCGGUUAUUUCGUCGACACAGUACUGGAUCCGUGUCUACGUGCCCCUCUGCAAAAGAUCUACUCCUACGGCCUCGUGGUUACGCUGAUUACUACUCCUGCUUGAGUAUUCACAUGGCCUUCGUCUUGUCGACCUACCAAGAACUUGGAUAUAAUUGAUACACUUACCUCGCUUUGCUUGUGCAACAUCUUCAUCUUCUUCUUCUGUGAUGCUGGAGUGCUAGUACUUGUACUAGUAGUGCUACUACUAAUAUGUUGUAAGAAGUAUAAAAUUAAGAGUGAUUCUAUGUUUAAGACUAAAAAGCCCACUAACAUGUCUAGACUAAAAAGACUAUUAAUUUAAUAAACAUGUCUUGCUCGUCUGUCUAAUCCACUACGUUGGGCUGGAAACGCUUCGCGCUGCAGCAGCGAGUGAGCACGACUGUGGUGGUCAUCGUCCUGAUCGGACUCACGCUCACAAUAGGCGCUUUAGGAUUUCUGGCAUUGGAGUCGGACGCACAACCCGAGUUGACCCUAUCAGACGCCUACUAUUUUGCAAUGGUGACCGCAACAACAGUGGGAUACGGCGACCUGCUGCCCACGCGCGACGAAACCAAAAUUUAAGAAGGAGACGAGCGCGAGGGAGAGAUCAACAAGGUUUAACGAAAGAAGUAUACUUCCGGGAGAGAAGUUGUGUAUUUGCAGGGAAGUACUGGGGGGCGGGAUACGGGAGGGUAUAAUAGGGUUGAAUCAAGAAAGGGAAGCGUCGACCUGCUUGCGGGGUAGUGGAGUAGUGAAUUCGAUUUGCUGGAAGAAGGCGAGUCAUCAAUCGUGCCGUAGCGUAAAUUCAAUCACAUGUACAUGAUCUUGAUUUUCAUCAACUAGUACUAUGGAGAUCGCCAGCGUGUACUUAAUUCCUUCUCCUGCUCCACACUAAGAAGCUCCUUAUGCUGAUUUGAUCGUCAUCUAGUACUUAAUGAUCAUCUUCUAACAAGUGUUUGUCGUUUUCUUUCUCUUUUGUGGCAUCUCCUUGAUCGCGUACGUUUUCACACUGUACGAGAAGGUGCAACACAACCGGAACAAGCUGAGAAGGAUGGCCAACCUAGAAACGUUCGCUGACAUGUCCCCGGCAAUGGGCGCGCUUAUGCGGCUAAAAUCCCAUAUGACAGAAAUCGAGUUCAUGUUCUUCGCGUUACUCGACUCAGGGGCAAUCGAUAUGGACGAGGUACUUACUUUACAUAGCAGCAAGAACGCUGGUCGUGCUUUUACACUUCAUGGAUGUUGAUUAUUAGAAAAACCCUCGUGCUUUUACAUAUGAAUUUGAUAUUGUUAUAUAUCCCUUCGACUAUGUAAGUAGUUUUUAGCUUCUGUUGUCCUCCUAUGAUCAUUAUCAUUUCAUAGGUCGGGGCUCGCUGGCUGUACUAGUAGAACUGGAACAAGUAUCGUUACAUAGUUGUAAAGGGUAUGAAGGUUGGUUGGAAACAAUGACUACGGUACAUGAAGUUAUUUGGGUCUCGCGAUAGUUUUGACCCCUCAUCGCGAGUUUUGAAAAUGACGUUCGUCCAGGUGCAUUUCCUACACGAAAACGUUUGGAGCCGUAUGGAUAACAUCACCCAACAUGAACAUUCUGGUGGAAAAUCUAUCUACAGUUCGGUGAACUGGGAAGGUUUCCGUGUCGGCAUGGCCGAAAGCUUCAAGCGCAAGCCGGUAAUGUUAAGGCUCAGGAAUAUUACAUCAUGAUCACGACUAGCAGCACUUCGACUUCUACAAGGAGACCUAAGUACGUACAGUACGAUCAAACUCAUCACACACUGAGAGAUGUGAGUCCCAACAGCGACGACUUGCUACCCCUGUUGUAACUGGUAGUGGCAUGAGUUUCUGAAAGUUUUACGUCUUCUAGCAGAUGAAGAGCUCUUCUAAUGAAGGAAAAGUUGUCGGUGAAUCAGAAGCGCUGCUUCGCACGCACGGGGAAAUAUUUUACGCAGGCAACCGCAGAUGAAAGACAAGCAGCGUUCGAGAAGAGUCGCAGCAUCAUCGCGCAUCUCUCCCGCCUUUGCCUCUCGGGAAAGACAGCUGAGGAAGAAAAAGCGAAGGGUGAAGAUGCGAGAGAGACGCGGGCCACAACCGGAUCAGGUCAGUGA